AUUGUUUUCUCUGAUGGAGGCUGUUGCGGAUGGUGCUCCAACUCGAAGGGAGCAGAAGUGCGCAUCAAGUGGGUCUGGCGCUGACAACCGCGGCGGAGCAGCUGGAGACAGAGACACUGAGACAGAUCCACUCGUGACUGGACUUCAACACCAUGAACAGGAUGGUUCAUCGCAAUGAAAAUGCAUUUUACUCGCUGUGGUAAUUUUGACAUUCUUACUUGGAUAGUUUUUAGUUUUUCGCAGCUUCUACUAGAUGGUGCGUCCCCUGACAAGCUGUCUCAGACUCCAGACCCCUGCCUCCAGAACCUGUGCCAAAAUCAGGCAAUAUGCAGAACCCGUGGGAACGGCUACUCCUGCUUCUGCGUGCCAGGUUUCCAGGGCGCUCACUGCCAGAUAGACGUGAACGAGUGCGCUUCACAGCCCUGCAGGAACGGAGCCACCUGUGUGGACGGAGUGGGUAGAUUCUCCUGUUUGUGUCCUCCUGGAUUCACAGGAACCAUUUGUGAGCUCCAGGUCGACCAGUGUCAGUCACAGCCUUGUCUUCACCGUGGCACUUGUGUUAACCACGCCACAGGCUUUCGGUGCAUCUGCCAUGUUGGUUUCCAAGGAGACCAAUGCGAAAUCAACACAGACGAUUGCCAGGAGCAGCCAUGCCAAAACGGGGCUCUGUGUGUUGACGGGGUGAAUGAAUACAGCUGCGACUGCUCACACACAGCAUUCACUGGGCCGCACUGUGAGACGCUGCUGCCACAGUGCAACUCUGAUCCCUGCUUCAACAGCGCCAUCUGUAAGGACAACCAGGGUAACUACACCUGUGAAUGCUGGCCGGGGUUUGAGGGCCGUAACUGUGAGAUAGACACAACCGAGUGCAGCAGCAGUCCGUGCAUGAACCGUGGCAGGUGCCUGGAGAGGUCAUGGCAGGCUCUUUACGGCAGCGAGCCUCUGCUGCCUGAACGAUACGACCACAGAUAUGCUGCAGGCUACAUCUGCAUCUGUCCUCCAGGAACAGCAGGUUUCCACUGUCAGGAAGUGGUGAACCAGUGCGAGUCCAGUCCCUGCCAAAACGGGGGCCGAUGUGAGAGCCUCGACGGUGGCUUCACCUGCCAAUGCCUCAAACAGGCGCGUGACGGCGUUCUCUAUGGAGGUACGAACUGCGACGUGAAAUUAGUCGGCUGUGAAGGUCAUGAGUGCCAGAACGGGGCCUCCUGCUCUCCAUUCCUGCUGGACGGGACUGACGGUUACACCUGCUCCUGCACACCCGGAUACACUGGACCGCUCUGCAACACCCCGACCACUUUUUCCUUUGAGCGCAGAGGUUACCUGUUGCUUCACAACCCCCUGGUGAACGCUGAUCUGACUACCAACAUCACGCUGAGCUUCAAGACCGUUCUGCCAUCUGCGUUGUUGUUCCAGAGGAACAUCAGGGGGAUGACGCUGCAGCUUCAGCUGGACAGGGGUCAGCUGUUUCUGAUGCUGUGGAGCGAGAAAUCUGUUGGGUCCGAUGGAGAGAUCCAUACUCUGGAGCUUCCACAUAAUGUCAUGGAUGGAGAGUGGCACACUGUGGAGGUUGUGCUCACAAAUGAGAUCCUGAGCCUUAGAUUAUUCGAUGAUGCUGGACGCUAUGGGAGGCAGUUGUAUCACACGGUGACCCCAGUCCAAACCAAUCUGACAGAGCUUGAGACUUCCCCUCAGGACACAUUUAUAGGGGGGGGCCUCAAAAACCCACAUUGGUUCAGUAGACACUUUAGUUUGCCCGUGUUCAUCGGGUGCAUGCGUGAUGUGUUCGUAGACUGGCAGCUCGUUGUUCCAGAGGAAUGGCUGAGCGACUCAGCGGUUAACGUGUCGCCCGGCUGCAGCCACAGGGAGCGCUGCCGGGAUGAGCCGUGCCAAAACGGAGGCCGGUGUGAGAACCUGUGGCAGAGCUACCAGUGCCAGUGCACAAGGCCUUACGAGGGGCACGACUGUGAGGAGGAACAUGUUACUGCUCGCUUUGGGAAUGAGGACUCUCACAGUUUUGCGGCCUUCGCCAUCCACGACGAUCUGGGUCAGAACCUCUCCGUCUCCCUGUUCCUGCGCACGCGGAGGCGGAACGGACUCCUGCUGGUGCUCUCCAACAGCAGCAGCAGCCCAUACCUGCACAUGUGGCUGGAGGGCGGCAGGGUCAAAGUUCGCCUCCGUAACUCUGAGAGCGUGAGGGCACAAAGAGCCAUUCAUGAUGGAGAGGUCCACUUUGUAACUGUAGAGGUUCUGGAUGGUCGCAUGUCGCUGUAUGUAGCGGGGCAGAAACAAGGCGAUGUGGAGGGAAGGACUGUAGAUGUCAACGCAGGUGACGUAGUUUUUGUUGGAGGUCUGCCGGAGAAGAGUAGCACUUCAGAGUUUGGUGGAUUUUUCAAAGGCUGCAUCCAGGAUUUGAGGAUCGGCGACACGAGGCUGCAGUUCUUCGGGCUGGACACUUCGCUGACAUCAUAUCCUCUUGAGCAAAUAGAAAAUGUGAUUCAGGGCUGCCCUGGAGACAACGCCUGCAGUAGAAAUCCAUGUUUAAAUGGGGGCAUUUGCUUCUCUGGGUGGGAUGACUUCACCUGCACCUGCCCCAGCAGCACAGCAGGGCGGCGCUGUGACGAGGUAAAGUGGUGUGAGCUGUCCCCAUGCCCCACACCUGCAGAGUGCAAGAUGGUGCAGCAGCAGCAGGGAUACGAAUGUUACUCCAAUGCAACUUUCCUGAAUGACAGCACUGUGAUGACCUAUCGGGGAAACGGCCACAUAUUCCAAAACAUCACCAGCCUGUCUCUAAACCUCCGCUCACGGAAGCGUAACGCAGCCAUCCUGCAUGCGGAGAAAGGUUCCUCCUUCAUCACGGUUUCCGUUCAGGAUGGUCUCCUCUUCAUGGAGCUCCAGAGCUCCUCUGGUGGCCUCAGCGGCUCGGAGGAGGAGAAAGAGGAGAAAAGAGAGGAGAGGGUGUCGACGGUGAGCCUCAGCAGCAGGAGGAGCAUCACUGACGGCGAGUGGCACGCCGUCCAUCUGUUCAUGACUGCGCCGUGGGCGCCGUCCUCUCGUUGGACUUUGGUUCUGGAUGAUGAGAUAGAGGAAGCCAGCCUCUCCAAGAGCCAGGGCAGCAACCUGAACUUCCUCAGGGAAGGGGUGGACAUCUACCUGGGCGGCCUGGCUCCGUUCACUGGCUGGUCCCUGGCCGGCUGUCUGGGAACAGUGGAGCUGGGCGGCAUCGCUCUGCCUUACUUCAGCUCCUCGGAGGUGAACCUCCCGCGUCUGCAGAUCGAGCAGUUUAUCCAAAAAUCCCCGAACCCGGCGCUGCCCGGCUGUAGAGGCGCCUCGGUGUGCGAGCCCAGCCCCUGUCUCAACGGCGGCCAGUGCCAGGACCUGUUCAACACCUACAACUGCACCUGUGCUGAGGGCUGGGCCGGCAGACGCUGCGACGUCCUGAUAGACACCUGCGCUUCGAACCCUUGUCUCCAUGGCAACUGUAGCAUCAACGGGCUCAGCUACGAGUGCACCUGUGAGGUGGGGUACACAGGUGUGGACUGUGAGGAACAGGUAGAUGUGUGUAAGAACCACCUGUGUGCCAAUGGAGCCACCUGCCUCCAUGGGCCGGAUAAAUACGCCUGCCUCUGUGCCGAGAACUACACUGGACCGCUCUGCAGCGAACGCGUGGAAGAACUUCCUUGGUACAUCGUUGUCAGAAAAAUCAUUCCCAAGCUGCCCGUUUCUGUGUGUGGUGAUGAGGUCAGGAAUUAUACCUGCUUCAACGGAGGGAACUGCACUGACCGGGAGCUCUCCUGCGAUUGUCCUGCAGGAUUCAUUGGACACAGGUGCGAGCAGGAUGUGGACGAGUGCAAAUCCAACCCGUGUCUGAACGGCGGCUAUUGCAGAAACCUGGUCAACAGGUUCGUCUGCGUGUGCGACAUGAGCUUCGCUGGAGACGUGUGCCAGACGGACGCUGGACGACGGGCCAGAGGUGGACUGGGGAGCAAACGACUGAGUGUGUGUGAGUGUGGAAGGGCUGUGAAUAUCUUUUGAGACGCUUUAGGAAAAUGUCUGCAUUUGAAUGAGUAACUGUCAGGUUGCACGGGAUGAGAAUGGACAUUUAUUUUGGCUAGUACUGAGAAAGAUUAGGGACUUCUGUGGUUUGAUUUCAGGGACCACAGAGUGAUUCUGUGCCUUUCACAUCAGCAGCACUUUAUUUAUAGUCGGUGUUUAUAAAACUUGUUUUGCUUGUCCAUGAAAGGAUGAGCACAUAUGUCCUGAUUCACAGACACUGUCUUGCGUCUUUGCCUCCAUUUCAGUGUCUAAAUCACAAACCAAGUAGCACUAAUGAGACACUGAAGCUAAAAUGCUAAUCGGGUUUCUGCAAUCUUUCUUGGUCAGGAUGCAGUCGCUCAAUAAAGGUGUUCUUACUUUUUGUAAGAUGGCAACAAAUCUUAUUUACAGAUUUGACUUAACUGAUUAAAUUGAUCAAAUUGUGCACUUAUUUGGCAAUGUAUUUAUAAAUUACAACAUUAGCUCGCAACAAUUUCAGGUUCUCCUCACUUGUCUUAUGAAUAAUAAAAAAAGCAGUACAGCAAAUGUGGGCUCCAUUUCAUCUAAAGGCAUAAAGGCAUGCGUAACACCAGACUGUAUUGUUGCAGGAGAGAGGCUUUUUGCUGACAGUGCAGUUUGAGGUGCAAAUAUUCCUUUGCAGAAGUUUUGUGAAUUAGAUGCAAAAGGAGAGCAGUGCUUUAGUGAAUCAGGCCCUCUGUGUGCAGCUUGGUCACUGGUUGAUGUUUUUCAGUGUCAGUAAUCAGAAUGUUGUGAAAUUCUUUUAAGUAGACAAAUAUGAGCAAAGUUUUAAAGAAAUACAUCAAAGGUUUGCACAGUUGGUACAGAUUGAUGUGCAAUCUUCAAAAAGUAAUGCCAAGCCCAACUUGCUUCCUACCAGAUUACAGGUUUCACCAUGAACCGAGUUCUUUAAAGAUGCUAUGCAGUGGUGAAUUUUAUUUUCAGUAAUGUACAGUUGUAAUGAAAACUCAGCUGGGAAUAAAGUAUGGUUCACUGCAAAAGGACUCAACAAGAUCUAAACUUUAAAAGUGGGCAGAACUGGAAAAAAAACAAAUUAUUUAGAUUUGUGUGUAUUUGGGUUGAUGAGAUCAAAGGAGGCUCAAGUAUUGAGACGUUCAGCAGGAUUGAAUUAAUUUCUACUUUGGAAUAUGGCGUUUGAUUAAAAACUUGUAAAUAAAAAGGGAACAAAAACAAGGAGGCAAAUACAGACUUACUGAACAGAAAUGGAAAGUUUGAGUUUGGCGACUAGGUUUUGUCUUAAAGUUUUACAACAACACAAAACAAAAAAACUGACCAUAACUUGUUCUGUAGGAGUCAAACUGUAUAAUGACCUUCAGCAGGGGGGUAACUUAGAUAAACUAACAUAAGUUUGUCGCACUAUUUGAGGACUUUGAAUUAGAAAUAGUCAUUUACUUUGUUAAUGAUCACCUUGAACUUUCUGGCAAUCUGUUUUUCAUCUGUCCAAUGACGUAAAAGUCUAAGUUACGAUGUAAAGAGAAGCACGCUCUGCAUUCAGAAAAAACAUUUUCAGGGAGCUGAGGAAUAAUAUAAAAUCCAGUUAUUUAUACGAUUCCCACUACCUGAUAACCUGUCAGUCUCGUCUGAACUUUGGGGUUUGGAAGCUGUGUACGGAUGAAUUUGUGAACUCUGAAAAACAGAGCUGUAGCUACAAAAGCUCCUGGAGGGCCCCGGAUGUCUCGCUUGUUCUUGAUGUGCGUUCAGAGCAGCUCGUGACUGACUGCUGAGUGUUGUUUUCACCAAAGAAGAAGUUUUCUGCAUCUAAGCCUUUCUGUCUGAGCCAAAGAUAUUUUGAGCCGUAAAUUCUCGGCGGCUCUGCUUCAGCCGUACGUUUAGAAGUGUUACUGCGCGGCUGUGGUCAGCGCUGAAGCAAACAUGAAUGUUUUUCAUGGUAGAUUUCAUGUGUGGUUUGAAUUUUAGAACAUCAUGAGGGUAUGCGUGUAAUGUCAUGUUCGUCAAUCAUAUUCUGUCUGUGUUUCCCGUCUUUAUCCAUUGUCCGUGUUGUUUAAUAAAACAAAAUCAAAAAAAAAUUGUUUUCUGUCCUCUUUUAAUGUCUCUUCACUCAUUUUUUCCGUAGUCACCUGUUGUAUCAUUUAUUUUUCUGCAUUUUCAAAACAAUCUGUGAUAAACAUCAAAAUCAGCUCAUUGAUUUUCUUCCUGUUAGCCAUUGUGUGUGUGUGUGUGUGUGUGUGUGUGUUUACUGUUCUCAGGUGUACACCAUGACUUCAAAGAUAGACAGUUAAUCCGUUUUAACAAGAUGUUGAUCCCAGAAUAGCGCAGGUUCAGAUGCACACUGUCGUCACGCACGGCACACAGCUAGGAAAGAGUUGAUCUCUUCUCUGUGUGACAUUACAGCCACAAACUUCAGCGCAUUUGAGAUUUUCUAUGUAAGAACUCAAAAUAGGAAUUGUAAGAAAAAGUCCCUAAAAUUUUCAACACUUUUCUACAAAUACAAAUCUGAAAAGUGUGCAGUGUACUUAUCUUUACCCAUAAAUCCAGUGCUAUAAUUGCAUGUGUGAGUGACUUAAUAAGAAAAAAGGGUCCACCGUCAUUCAGUCAUUCAUGUUUAGUAUAAAUUCAGCUGUUUUGUGUUAUAAGUCAUAAGAAGUCCUGUUUGCAAUUGCACAAUCAAUGGAGAUGAUGCUGAAAACAUGAGAGAGAAGGUGACUAACUGAUCAAAACUGAUCAUUUCAUAUUUAGAAAUUUACAUAAUCACAAAUUAACAAAAUCAGGCAAAAGAAAAAUUUUUCAAUUUAUUUCAC